ACGUCUGUUUGCUACUAAUAAAAGCAAAUGAUAGAAAGUUUUUUGGAUGAACAUCAGAUAUUUGAGUUUUCUCAAAUCCCGAGAUUAAUGUUGACAAAAGAAAAUCUCAAAAUUAAUCCAUGAAUGAGCUAACUUCUAGGUAAAAUAUAUUUUCGUAAAUCCAUUACGAAUUAAUUAUAUGUUCAGGUCAAAAUAUAAGACCAAGUUGUACAUACAAAAUGCUUAUAACGUUACAUGCAGUAAAAUCGGAAAUGGAUAGCCAGUUUAUACAGUCAUACCGGAUCCGGAAGUAUGCACUCACGUACACACCACCAGGCGAGAAAUGUGGCCGAUUCUUAUGGUAUAACUGAGUAUGUUGCGAUUAAUAGUGGAGUGCCUAGGGAGUAGGGAUGAUAAAUGUGGACACCAAAUAUGAAACCAAGACCAAGUCUUGGUCUAUAUAUAAAUUAUUUGAAACCUCACAUUUUUUAUAUUAUCUAAAACGAAACAUGUCUCGAGGUUUUUCUAUUUUUAAUGUAUCUCUGAGUCCUCCUGACACCUUACACUGUGCGCACGGUGUGAAAUGGAAGCAACCAGAUGAAGAAAUACAAUUUGUUUUCUUGAGUUUAAGAAGAAUAAAACAAGUAACGGAAGCUGAAGUCACCACUCCACUUAUCCGUCCCUACCCCAUCUCCUAUCGCCUUUAACAGUUUCUUCUUUCGUGUCCCCUAUCUCUCUUUCUUUUUCACGUCUCACGAAAACACAACACGAAUAUUACAAAUCACUUAUAUGGUAUUUUACAAAUAUAUAUAUAUAUUCAGAUAGCUUUUCUUACUAUCAUGCAUUUUUGAUAAUACUAGCUAGUGAGCAGGAAGAUGUAUUUCCUUGCUAGAUUUUUGUAUUUGUAGAUUUUGGGAUUACUUUUCUUAUUAGUAAGAUAUAUUUAACUUUUUUUUUGCUUUUAUUUGGUUAAUAUCGUAUAUACAUAGUUCACGAAGAAUAAUAUCAUAUUUUCUUAGUACAAAUUUAGGAGUUGUCGACGACAUUUACGUGUAGCAGUGGGUAUUUAUCAUGCAAUUAUUUGAUUUUCUUUAAACUAGAAACUUGUUGGGGGUGUGAUAAUAUUAUAAAAGUCAGCCAAGCGAGUCCACCAACAUACCAUUUUGUGAUAUCCAUUAUUAUUAUUUUUUUUUUAAACAAUUAAUUCGUUUCCCAUUAUCAUAUCCACCAUCCCUUCUCUAUAUAUAAAACCCUUUCACUUUACUGCCUACAACGAGACGACACCCCCUCAAUAGCCGGUUCGGUUAUGGCUCUGUCCGGGUCAAUCCUUUCAGCCUUAAUCUUCUUCGCUCUUUCCAUUAAUCCCCUCGAAGCUCGUGGACCAUUCGACCGGCUAGCCCGGAAGCCGCCGCAGAGGACUGCUGCUGAAGGCAUAUGCGCUUCCUCUGUCCGCAUAUUUGGUUACAAAUGCGAAGAACAUGAUGUGGUGACUCAAGAUGGAUACAUAUUGAAUAUGCAAAGGAUACCGGAAGGACGAGCCGGCGCCGGAGAUAUGUCGAGGAGACAGCCUGUCCUAAUACAGCAUGGGAUUCUUGUCGAUGGGAUGUCGUGGCUGUUCAAUCCGGCGGAUCAAAAUCUACCGUUAAUUUUGGCUGAUCAAGGAUUCGAUGUGUGGAUGGGGAACACAAGAGGGACUAGAUUCAGCAGGAGACACAAGUACCUUAGCCCUAAUCAACCGGCUUUCUGGAACUGGACGUGGGACGAGCUUGUGAGUUACGAUCUGCCUGCUAUGUUUGACCAUAUCCACGGCCUAACAGGCCAAAAGAUUCACUACCUCGGACACUCUUUGGGGACUUUGAUAGGAUUUGCGUCGUUCUCGGAAAAGGGGUUGGUGGACAAAUUAAGAUCGGCGGCAAUGCUGAGUCCUAUUGCUUAUCUCAGCCACAUGACCACAGUCCUCGGCGACAUCGCCGCUAAAAGCUUCCUCGCUGAGGCCACCGCCAUUAUAGGAGUGGCAGAGUUUAACCCCAAGAGUGGACUAGUAGGGAAUUUCAUAAAGAUUAUAUGCCGUCAAGCAGGGAUCGACUGCUAUGAUCUAAUCUCUGUUAUUACCGGCAAGAAUUGUUGCCUUAACGCAUCAACCAUUGAUCUAUUCCUGGCGAAUGAACCACAAUCUACUUCCACCAAGAACAUGAUCCACCUUUCUCAAACGGUAAGAGACAAGGUGUUAAGAAAAUACAACUAUGGAAGUAGCAAUUACAACAUGAAACAUUACGGUCAAGCGUUGCCGCCUGCUUACAACAUAUCGGCGAUCCCACACGACCUUCCCCUUUUCUUCAGCUACGGCGGUUUAGACAGUCUGGCCGACGUGAACGACGUCAAGUUUUUGAUCGACCAGUUUAAGUUUCACGACGUGGAUAAGAUCGAUGUGCAGUUUGUGAAAGAGUAUGCUCAUGCUGAUUUCAUCAUGGGUGUUACUGCCAAAGACGUUGUUUAUAACCAAGUUGCUACCUUUUUCAAACGACAAGUUUGAUUUUAGUAUAAAUCAUUAGGUUAUAUGUACUUCCAUGUGCCCAUAUAUUCUUCAAUUGUUUUCCCCCAAAAAAACGGGCAAAAUAAUAAAGUUACAAUUACUAUAUUCUAUUAUUUUGUUAAAGAACCACCGCUAUCUAACUUAUUCUAAAUUUAAUUAUUAAAAAACUAAUGCUAAAAGAAAAAAAAAGAUAUAGCCUAAUAAAUACGAAUUAUUUCACUUCAAA